AUGACAAUUGCAAAGAUUUUAAGAGAGUCUGGAGACAGUUUGGAUGAGGAGGUAAACUGUGCAAUAUAAUUAGCAGAAUGCAAAAGAAAAUCAACAGUUGUUGUUUACUCAAAAACUAAUGCUAAAAUAGAUACUCACAGGUUGUGUGUUAAUAUAAAAUUUACUCCAAGCACCAUGACCACUUCAGUGUUUUGAAGUGACCAUGGUACCCAAGUCUGUAUGCACAGACUCGGGUAUCAUGGUCAUGGUGUUUCGCUUUAAAAUUAUGUAGAGUCAUGAUGUGUCAUUAAUUCUGGGUUGUCAAUACUGUUCAAAUGUUCAUGCACACUGUGCCAUUCAUUGGCUGAGAGCGGUCAAUAGUGAUGUCCCGAACGGUUCGCCGCGGACUCAUCAUUGAGUAAACUUUGACCCUGUACCUCACAGUCAGCAGACACAUUCCAGCCAAUCAGCAUCAGACCCACCUCCUGGACAGCUCACUAAGAAUGCAGCUUCACAAUGAAUGUAAAAUGGAUGCUGUCCAGGAGGUGGGAGGGUCUGCUGCUGAUUGGGUGGAAUGUGUCUGCUGACUGUGAGGUGCAGGGUCAAAGUUUACUCAAUGAUGAGUUUGUGGCGAACCGUUCGGGACAUCACUAGCGGUCAACUGAUGUUCUAAGCCAAUAAAUGUCAACUAGAUUGGCUUACGGGCUCCGCAGCUCUUUAAAAGCCAGAGGCACGUCAAGGAGCCAGCUAAGAUACAGGCAAUAGGCCUUUUGCCCCAUUACUGAACAAUUGGACCAGACUACAGUUGGCCGUAAUGGUUAUUAAGUUUGGAGUAACCCUUUACUUUAGGGAUACUGUAAUCACUAAAACUAUUUAAACUCAAUGAAGCAGUUUUGGUAUGUAGAACAUACCCCUGCAGUCUCCUUGCUCAAUCCUCUGCCAUUUAAGAGUUAAAUCGAUUGUGUUUCUUCUCUUGAUGCAGCCCUAGCCACUCACCCCGUCUGUGAAUCACACAGCCGACAUGGAAAAACAUUUAGAUUUUUAAAUAAGCUCUUACAGUACAGUGUGUUUAAUUUAGAAGCUGUUUUUCCUGCUCUGUUAAUUGAACUUUAAUCACACAUAUGAGACUGCUACAGAUUCUAGCAAGCAACUAACAUAGCAGGAGAUAAAAAAUUGUAAAUUAGACCAACUGUGCAAUAAGGAAAGCUAAGAAACGUAGACCCUUUUUUCAGGCAGUGUGAAUCACAGCCAAGGGAAGCAUGGCUAGGGUUGCAUAACCCUAAUGAUUGAACUCCUAAGUGGCAGAGAAUGGAGCAAUGAGACUGCAGGUGUGUGAUCUGUACAAUAACGCCACUUCAAUCAGCUAAAGUGGUUUUGGUGCUUAGAAUAUCCCUUUAGCUUUUAUAGAAGUUUCCACCAUUAAUGCUUAUACAAGGUUACAUAAUGAACAGAAUCUUUUUUUUUUUUUUUUUUUUGCCACGAACAAACCACAACAAACUUUAUUCCUUAUUCUAACCAUGCUCAGCAGGCAGACUGCUCUAAAUGUGAAAACUAACAGAGUAAUGAGUACAAAACCGUUAGUGAUUGAUUUUUGACUGCUUGCCUUUUUUUUUUUUUUACUUCUUUCAGAUGCAGAAGAACAGGUCCAUGUUUGAUCAAUUCCGUAGAGCAUUAUGCUAUGAUUUUUACAAGGACUUUUUAAAUACUUACAUUGGGCAACCUGUUCCCCUAACUGAGCCAGAGGUCGAAAAAAAAAGAACGGCGGUGGCUUUGUGCUUUGAUGUCACCAGUAAACUGACUACUCUUGAUAACCAGCCAAUGAACAAAGUGCUUGGGUUUGGAGCUCAUUAUAUUAAGGAAUAUUUCACUCCAUGGGUUGAAAGUCAAGGAGGCUGGGUGAGACCUGUAUAACAUUGUUAGAUUAUCCAGUUUGUUUUAAUUCUUUACAAAAUUCCUACUUAUUGUUAAAGGAACACUAUAGGGGCAGGAACCAUGGGUUGAAAGUCAAGGAGGCUGGGUGAGACCUGUAUAACAUUGUUAGAUUAUCCAGUUUGUUUUAAUUCUUUGCAAAAUUCCUACUUAUUGUUAAAGGAACACUAUAGGGGCAGGAACACAAACAUGUAUUCCUGACCCUGUAAUGUUAAAAACACCAUAUAGCCCCCCUGGCCUUCCCUAAAUAUAGUAUAAUCUUACCUUUACUCCAGUCUGCUGCUGCUGCUGGCUCUGCCACUGAUCUGCCUGCCUGGCUGACGUAAUCAAAAGUGUUGAUCUGAGCCAAUCCCAAUGCCUUCAGUUAGGAAAGCAUUGAAUUUGCUGAGCUUGUCAGGGGAAGAGCUAGCACAACAUAAACACAGUCCUGGCAAAUCAGCAUCUUCUCAUAGAGAUGCAUUUAAUCAAUUCCUUUCUGUGAAGAAAGUUCAGUGUCUCCAUGCAGAGGGUGGAUACAUUGAAUCCACUGCGCAGCACUUCCCCAGGAAGCACCUCUAGGAGCCAUCUGAGGAGUGGCCAGUGGAGGUAUCCCUACUGUAAUGUAAACACUGCAUUGUCUCUGAAAAGAAUGUGUUUACGGCAAAAAGCCUGAAGGUAAUGAUUCUACUCACCAGAACAAAUUCCAUAAGCUGUAGUUGUUCUGGUGACUACAGUGUCCCUUUAAUCUUACCUGUAACAAUGUUACAUUAUUUAGUAAUGCAGUUUUACUUUUAUUUAUUUUUUAUUAACUUGGUACCCAUCCAGAUGCACAAUAUAAAGUAUAUAUUUAACAAAUAAACAAAAAUCAGAUGGGGGAAAAAAAAAAUAGCUAGCUAAACUAUUGAAAGAUGGAACAUGGAAUCAAGGAGAAACAUAUAUUCAUCUUGUGUUCUUGCUAUCCAGUCAUCAUAGUCUGGAGCAUGCUGGUUCUUAUACUAAUUGCUAACUGCAGUUCAUCAUCUAUCAUGUUCCCUUGGAUUAUUGUAUGCAUGCGGUUGAGUAUUAGGAGCUACCUCAAUGAGGAAGACAAAUAGAAUAAUUAAUGGGUUGACGCAAAAAAAGGUUUACUUCAACUUUUUUUGUUGCAAUGAAGCAAACUCCAAAAAAAUAAGAAUUUGGUGACCUCGGCCAGUGGUCCGGGCCAAAAAGGGGGAAGCAGGUUAAGUCCACUAAUAGGCUGUCUACACAAAGAGUGCUAUUAAAGGUCUCUGAGCAUGGAAUGGAUGCCCUAAGAGCACUUUGCACAUCACAAAGUUCCUUUUAUGAUGCUCUCACAUGUGUCUGUUUUGGAUAAUUUCCUGGUGUUAUAGGAUGCAAAUAUUGGCAAACAAACCAGGGACAGUGAGACAAAACUGUGGAGAAGUAUACAUCUCAAAUUCAAUGUAAAUUAGCUAAACUAUAAAAACUGUCUGAGUCUACUAUGCUUUCAGUUUAACUAUUUUGGCCUAAAACGUGAAAUUCACUUUGAAUUCUAACUUUAGUGAGAAACACUCAGAGUUUAUUUUUACCACUUUAAAAGAAAGUAUUGACAACUAUUACAUUUCAAACAUUACAUAGAUUGUUCUAUUAAAAAUAGACCUGUCACGUCCAGAACACGUGUGUGUGUGUGUGUGUGUGCUCGUGUUAACUUGUGUUAACUAAUAUACAUGCUUUGCCCUGACAGUGUGUAAAUUAAAAGAAAAUAUAAGGAUUUUUUAAAAAGGAAAAAAAAACAAAAUAUAGUAAUUUAAAAUUACCAUCUAAUCCUUUCAUUUUCAUUUUUUUUUUUCUCAACGAGCUAGGUACCUGCAACUAGAAAUCACAAUACCUACAGGAACACUCUAGACACAUAAAGCACUUUAGCUUGCUGACGUGCUUCGUGUCUGGAGUGUGUCACGUUCGUGAUAGUUUUAUAAAAGUGUGGAUUUCAAUAAAUAUUGAAAUUUUUCUAAUUGGUGUCAGAAUUUCUUCCCUGGCUGUCAGUAAGACAAUCAGGGAUGUUGUCUUCCACUUUUGUUAGCUCAGCAGAGUUAAUGGAAGUGGCAGGUGCUAUGGGUCAGCUGUACUAUUGCUCAUUGAGAAGCAUAGGAAAGCCACAAUCUCACGUGUGCUCUUAACUCUAGCAAAGAGGCUUCUCAAUGAGAAGAUUAUGAUUGGAGCAGAUAGACCAUCAAUGCGGGGGGUGGAAGGGGUGUGCUUGUCCAGGUUGUAGAAAGCAGGUCUGCAGCUAUUCCAUUUUUUUUUAUUUUUUUUUAGUAGUGUUCCUUUCAUUGCUAUUGCUAACACUUUAAUCUUUUUUCAGGAAAAGGCCUUGGAUAUGGAAACGGAUAAAGAGGUGGAAUGA